UUUCGCCUCUUGAAAACGUAUAGAGGGAGAAUGUCUGUGUUCAUGGAAAAAAAGGGAUGGGCGUACACGCUAAUGUAUGCUUUAUUUCAGUUUUAAUUUUCAAUGUCAAUCCUCUCUGCUCGUUCCUUGUUCCUUUUAACUUCAUGCGAUAUUAUUGUUGUCUUUCUAUUUCCCCAGGUAUACCUGUCUGGGGCCUUGCGUGUGAUGCACCCUUUUGAUCAUCCAAUUCCCCAACGUGGGGAGAUCUGCCGAAGAGUUGAAUUAAUUCUCGCUUGGACGGCUUUACGGGAUAGUACCGUGAUCAUUAUUAGUGCACUAUCGGCGAUUCAAAACAAAGAGAGAUUAUGCCUGUUUCUCGCAAUCACAUUUCCAAAAACAAACACUUACUGCUCUCGUUGUAUGUAUUCUCUAUAAUCACCCCAUAAUUGCCCACCCUCUUUAAAACGUAUAAGAGCUUGUUCUUUGCCUGCAUCGUACCUUUCCCUCCUUCCUCUUACAUCCUUUUGUCACAAGGCUGAACGUACUUCCUCAAUACGUCCAUCCCCUUCCCC